AUGCCUCUACGAUUCCUGCGCCCGUUUGUUCAGGAGCGUUACAAGGCCUUGAAUAGGAAUUACUCGGGGGUGUAUGCCUCGGAACUCAAAGGCGCGGUUCAGGAGGCGACCGAUUUUUGCAGAGACCACAACCUUAAGAUUGAAGGUGACCACGCUCCUUCUUCCAAACCUGGCAAGGCUAAGCUAAAGCCUAAGCUCAAGCCCACCCGCCGUGCCGAUGACCAGAUUUCGGAGGAUGCGAGACGCGACUGCGAACAGAGGAAAGAGAAGAAGGACAACAAGUCCGUCUCUCAGAAGGCCAAGGACAGGGACGAAUCCCGUGAUGAUGAACGAAAAUUAAAGACGUCCCGGAAAAGGCAUGCACAAGACCUUCUAGAUGAACAGGACGAACGCGACCGCGACCGAAGCAAGAAGAAGAAGAAGAGAAACGUCCGACCCGAUUCCUCCACACCCGACCAUGUGAAGAGUGAAAAACGCCUGUCAGUUCCCGUCAGAGAAGAAAAGCUAGAUAAACGCAGGAUAAAGAGGAAGCACUCGGACGUCAUCAGAGUCGGCGAAGACAUGCCUUCCGCUGUGGAGGACCGCGAAAGAAAAGCCAGACGCCGUUCCGAAGACGAGGAAGGUUCUUUCCGAAGGGACCGCAAGGUCGAUCCUUCGGCCUCUCGUGGACAGAGACAUCGCAGUAGCGCAAAAGAGGAGAACCUAGCCGCCAGUACGAAGAAAGGGCCGAAGGAAGUCGAUGAUCCGAAGCACAGGGAAGAGGACAAGAGGGCUAUCUUUAAGAAAGAAAGAUCUUGGGAGACAAGGAGAGACAAGGAGGAAAAGAGACCUGGGAAGGAAGCAGUUGACAAGAAAGAGGACGUCAAACCCACGACUUCAGGGACCCAUCGCAGAGGGAAGAGAGGUCAUGACUUCGAGGUGUUAAAAAAGCACCCCAAAGACGAGAAAGAAAACUCGCCGGAUAAAAAGCUCAUAGCCAACUCCGCACCUCUCGAUGAUCCAACCGAAGAUGAGGGUUUGGCGUACAGGUCUCUGUCACAGGAACAGUUGGUAAAGGUCCUUGUCGCAAGGGAUAAACAGCUUCGCUCAUACAGCUUGCAGUUGUGGCAAUAUCGUAUGGAGGAUGGGGGCGGUGGUGGUCCUAAGACACGAGCAGAUUUAGUUUCGGCGGUCCACCCCGCGUGGAAGGCCGUGUCCGAUUUCAUCACGGUUAGCGAGUCACAGGCGGGUAAAGAGGUGAAAUCUGCGAAAUGGCAGGAGCUGGAAGUCUUGGCUGUGGAGCACCUGCAGAAGCUGCGCAUGGUUCACUUUAACACGGCAUUGUUGAAAGAGGACCCGCGGAUUGCCGGACGGGCGAUCAAACUGGCAUCGAAGUCGCUCUCGUAUUCAGUACCAGUGUCCAUGGCGUUUCGCGAACUAAUACUGCAAUGGACCGAGAUGGGGGCACUUAACGAGGAAGCUGCUGCAGAAGACGAGGGUGAGGUGAAAACAGAAAAUGGGCAUGCGUCUCCCAAUCGUCGUGUGGAAGAAGGGGAUCAAGAGGAGAAAGAUUCUGGAGAUAAAGCCAGCGAUGAAGAGGGGGGAGGCGCAGAUGAGAAGCAAGCUGAGGGCGUGGAUGGUGCUGUAAUGUCUUCUAGGGCGAAAGACGAAGACACAAACCCUGCUGAAAAGGACAAGAGUAAGGAUGAAAAGGGAAGCUCUUCAGGCAACUCUGCAGACGAGGUAAAGACGCCCGAGCGCAAGGAUGGAGUACGCAGACGGCUAAGCGGCGGCGGACGUAUGGGGGAAGAUGAUCGAUCUUUGUCAAGGGGCAGCAGUCGGAAAGGCACACCGGUGAUGGAGAACAGCCCGACGGAGCGCACGAGUUCCCAUGAGGAAGUUGAUAGUGCGCAGAAACGGCAGCGACGAGAGAAGCGGGUGAAAGAUUUCUCACGCGCCAGAUGCAUUGCGGCGAUUGAGAAUCUGAUCAAGCGGGUCGCAGAGCGCGAGGAGCAUGCGGCGACGGCGGACGAGAAGAAGCACCAUGCUCUCGCUGACGAAAUGGAGAGCCAGAUCACACCACAACGGAAGGACGACGGCCCGGGAUAUUAUCAGGCGAGCAAGAAUUUGGUUAAGCUUCUCAGUCGGUUGUCAGCGGCGAAUACGGCGCAGGAUGAGGAGGAAGAUUCUGUGAGGAAAGACAGCAAGGCGCGGGGUGUUCUAUGCAAGUGCUUGGAUGAUUUGAAGGCAGUCCCGGGACUGGUGAAGCGGCUGAGCAACAUGGUGUAAGUGUGUGUUGCGUUGGUGAAGCUGCGAAGGAUGCUGUAUCGAACAAGAAAUAAACGUAAGUGAAUUAGUGUGCGUUGUUUAGAGUUGUGGGGGAUGUUGAACGAGAGCGUUAGCUUGUCUUGUCGGUAUCUUGUUUACAGUAAAAUAUAUUUAUAGUGCACCACACAA